AUGAACGCAACUACAGCUUCCGGACUCCCACCUAACGUGGUCAUCUUUUCUCCUCAAAAUUCUACAUCCGUCCACUCGCUCCUCGGAGCAGGCAUUUUCACCCGCCUGGUUACCAGCGCAAGCACUACUUCUGAGAAACUUGCCGCCCUCAAAAACCACGCUGGAGUGAAGGACGACUUCUGCUUGUUCCACCGAAACGCUGUUCUUAUUUUCGACGCGGGUGGAAAUGAAGAUUUGCACCAUGAACACUUUCGCACUAUCUGUCUUGCGCUGAAGGAACUGGAUAUCGGAUUGGAUGUGGCAGGUUGCAUAAACGAUGCGACGGAUUCCCUAGCAGCUGGAUUCCAGCUUGACAAGGUUAAUGACCAGUCUGCUCUUGUCAUUGAUCUUGUCGAACAGGAUGAGGAUAGUGACGACGAGGAGGAGAUGUUUGUUAUGUGA